GGGGGGGGCGGAGGUGGAGAGAGAAAGCACCCUUGUGUGUGUCUUUUCUGGAGGCCCCUGUCUGGCUUCUGCUUGGAUUCCCCGGCGGCACAGAAAAGCUUAUUUGUGGGCAACAGGGCAAGGCCUAGGAAGGGAACAUAUUUGCUGUCAGCGGCGUACAGGAAAAGCGUGGCCUGCACCAGGAGCGGUGGACGGGGAUCGGGAAGGGUGUGGGCUGUGUCUGCCCAGCCGGAAAGAGAAACCAAACACCGCUGAGCGAGCUCUCUUCGCUAAUGGAGCAUUGAUCCUUCUGACCCCCCCUGGUCCCCCGAUUCUGGCUGCCCUGCGCUGUAUAAAAGGCCCUGCAAGCCUCCUGGCUUCCCAUUCUCCUCGCAAGGGACGGCUGUCUGGGUAAACUGCUUUGAGAACUUUACAUAUUUGUAGCCCCUGACGUCCUCUCCAUCCCAUCCCUUGACUGACGGUCUCCGCAGGAAGAGGAGGGACUCCAUAUCCUUCCCAACAUGGCCAGUGGACAACUGACCGAGCUGGAGACGGCCAUCGAGACCGCCGUCCAGGUGUUCUUCACGCACGCGGCCCAGGAGGGCAAGAAGGGUACGCUGACCAUCGGCGAAUUCAAGGCAUUGGUGACCACACAGCUCCCGAACCUCAUGAAGGAUGUCGGGGACUUGGACGCGAAGAUGAAGAGCUUAGACGUGAACAACGACGAGGAACUGAAAUUCGGGGAGUACUGGAGGCUCAUUGGGGAGCUGGCUAAGGACAUCAAGAGAGAGAAACUGGGGAAAAAGAAGUGACCCAUGUAUGUGUGCAUGCAUCUGUGGGGUGAGGCGGAUGGGUGGGGAAAGGAGUUCCGGAAUGUGAGUACUUGGGGGAGAAGGAAGGUGGUCACAGCUCAAGCUGUGCCAGAACUUUAAAACGUCAAUUUGUUGGCAGGUUGCAAAUAAAAGUCUUUGCUCUGAA